GAAUUAACUGAACAGAAAGAAAACAAAUCUUUCAGUGAUUUCCAGAUUUGCCUCCAUGAUGUUUUCUCCUCAUGAAUUAUAACAGACUGAUAACCCCACGGUUCUUACCCAGCAGUUGACUUUGAUAACAUCUUUGAUAGAUAGAAAUAACUUCAUGGACUUGAACUUUGUUCUCUUUUGUUCUCAGAGGAGGUCAAAGUUAGACAAACACCAGUUGUUGAGCAGCCAGCUUUCACAGUUAAAGUCCUGUCUGACUUCUUCUGCAUCAGGUUAAAUGAUUUGUUUCUGUUUUUCUUUUCCAUCAGACAUAAAUCUGCUUGAUGAGAGCUGAGUGGAAACAUCUGCUGGACUCCAGGGAGAAGAUGAUCUGCAGGAUCCUGCUGCUCAUCAUCCUCAACUCAUGUCUCUGUGCAGCAACAUUUGUAGUGAAUGUGACACAGAGCUCCUAUCAGGCAGAGGAGAACCACAGCAUCACUCUGGAGUGGACCUUCACCACCACACCUGAUGGACCCUGGAGAGAUCUGUUCAUCCACUGCAGCUUGUUAACUCCUAGGAAAGAAUUAGUCCUGUAUUAUGUCCAUGAUGGUGUUGAGGUGUCAGAGUCUCAGAAUGAACAGUUUUCAGGACGAGUCCAGAGUGACAAAGUUGUCCUUAGAGAAGGACGAAUCAGACUCCAUGUGUCCAGACUGAGGACUGAAGACUCUGGUCUGUAUGAAUGUCAGGUGUUCACUGGUGAUCAUGAAGACUCUGAAAAAUGCCGCCUUAGCGUCUCUGCAGCUGCUGAUGUCUCCCAACCUCAAAGACCGGCUCUGGAUCCAGAACCAGGAGGUCGAGGAAGGACCGGCCUCUAUGCUGCACUGGGACUGACAGCAGCAGCAGCAGCAGCUCUGAUGGGCAAACUUCUCUUCAGGUUCUGGUCCAGAACAUCUCAGCAGGAGUCAACCUUUAUUUCAGCACUUUAACAGAACCCUGAAGGUCCACUGGGCCGCUGCUGGACUGAUGGCUUCAUACUGGACUCUAGAGUGUUCUGGUGAGCAGAGGAGGUUCUGGUGGACUCAGUGACUGCAGGUGUUCAGCUCCUGUGGCUGUAAAGCAGCUCAGAUCAUCAGUCCUCCACCACCGUGCCUGACAGCUGCUUUGCUGAGCUUCAGACUAAAAUCUUGGGCUUCAUUCAGCUGCAGCGGUGAAAAGCUGAGUUCUGCUGCCAGGAUCUUCUAGAGAGAAGAGUCUUUCUCCUGGUCACUCUUCCAACCAUCCAGACUUGUUCAGCCUUUUCCUCCUUGUUCUGUCAUCAAGUUUAACAGGUAACAAGCUGACUGAGGCCUGGAUGAUGAAUCUGAUGAAGAUCUGGGGUUAGACCUCAUUUAUCUGAGCUAUCAGGGAAGAUUU